AUGGGUAACAGUCCAUCAAAGAAAGAUAAACCAACUACAACAUCAACCUCAUAUAGUUCGACGACGACGUCGAAUCCAGCUCCUACGACAAGCCACACUUCAACGCCAUCAUCAAACAGUACAUCGUCGGCAGCAACAGCAUCAUCCGGCGCAUCAAGGAACAGGAGUGAGAUAAGUACAUCGACAAAUACAACAUCAAGCAGUACACAAUCAAAGCCCAGUGACUCUGCUAAGAAGACACAGGAACCAGGCAAGCCUUCAAAGUUAGAUGAGCUGUUUGAGAAGUACAGGGACCCAGACUCUGUCGAUUCGAUUGGACCGAAUGGUGUAGAGCAACUGUGUCAAGACCUUAGCUUAGACCCAGAGAGUAUACUGGUACUUGUCUUGGCAUGGCAUCUGAAAGCACAGACUAUGGGAUACUUUACAAAGAAGGAGUUCGUCACAGGACUCAGUCAACUUGGAGUUGACUCGAUUCCAAAGCUUCAAUCAACUAUACAGACAUUCAAUAAGGACUUGGACAAUGCAGACAAGUUCAGAGACAUCUAUAGAUACGCCUUCACAUUUGCCAAGGAGAAGGAGAACAAGAUCCUGGAGCUGGAGAGUGCCUGUGCAAUGUUGUCACUGAUACUAACUCCAAAGUAUCCACACGUACAACAGUUAAUCGACUUCCUCCAGAAUCAUCAAAAGAGCUAUAGGGGCGUAAACUCUGAUCAAUGGCUAUCCAUCUUUGAGUUUAUGAAGUUAAUACAUCCUGAUGGUUCCAACUACGAUGAGAAUGGAGCAUGGCCAGUGAUGUUGGAUGAGUAUGUCACUUGGGUAAAGUCAAAGUAA